AUGGCUUCGGCCUUAGUUUCUUUUCGAGCAAUGUUUUAUUUACUUUGGCCAUCUGAAACUUAUUUUGAACGAAUGGAAGAUGUUCCAGAUUAUGUUGUCAAAGCUCUUGAAAUGUUUUUUGUUUUACAAUUAAUAGAAUUUUUUAUACUUUUGUAUCAACGAAAACCCGUACCACGUUUAAACGAUACAUUUGGUUCAGUAGCAGCUGGUGUCAUUUCACGUAUACCUAAAUUAUUUUUUCAAUCAAUUGAAUUGGCAGCAUACGUGUGGGUUUAUAAUAAUGUUCAGAUUCUCCCAAGAUUAUCAUGGAAUUCACCAGUAACAUAUUGGGUUACUUUUCUCGGAAUCGAUUUAGCUUAUUAUUGGUUUCAUCGGCUGGCGCAUGAGGUCAAUCUAUUUUGGGCUUCUCAUCAAACACAUCAUUCAGCAGAAAAUUAUAAUUUAUCAACAGCACUUCGACAAGCUACUUUGCAAGCGUAUGUAUCGUGGAUAUUUUAUUUGCCAUUAGCCUUAAUGGUUCCACCUCCAUUAUUUAUAAUUCAUGCACAAAUGAAUUUACUAUAUCAGUUUUGGAUUCAUACUGAUGUUAUAUCAAAUCUUGGUCCAUUUGAAUAUAUAUUAAAUACUCCAAGUCAUCAUCGAGUUCAUCAUGGACGAAAUCCUUACUGUAUUGAUAAAAAUUAUGCUGGCGUUUUUAUUGUAUGGGAUCGUCUAUUUGGCACAUUUGCUGCUGAACGUAACGAUGAGCCGAUAGCUUAUGGUCUUAUACAUCCAAUAAACACAUUUGAUCCCAUAGACACACAAUUUUGUCAUUUUGAAUAUAUUUGUAAACAAUUUUUCAAAGUAGAAGGAUGGGAAAAUAAAUUAUCUCUUAUUUGGAAAGGUCCAGGUUGGCAACCAGGUUUACCAAGAUUAGGUAGUACUGAUUUUCCAGAAGUAAAAUUUCCUGUUCACGUUUAUCAUCCAAAUGUAUCAAGCAAAUUAUCAAUAUAUACAUUUUCACAUUUUCUAUAUGUUUUAAUACAAUACAGUGCAGUGCUUAAAUAUUCAAAAGAUUAUUCAACUCCUGCUUUACUGUUUUAUACAAUUAUUUUAAUUUUUACUUUAAAGACUUUCGGUGCAAUUUUCGAUCAAAAAAAACAUGCACUUCAUUAUGAACGUAUUCGACUUAUUUUAAUGUUGAUUUUACCGAGAUUAACUAUAGUUCAAUCACUCUUCUUGCUUCAAACUCAUUUAUUUGUUCAAAUAGCUAUUUUGCUUUCGUUUCUUGCCACAUUUUUCUUUACACAAGCCGCUCCAGCAGAAAAUAAUAUUUCUGUAAAAAAAGAAUAA